GGGUGAGACACUGUUUCAGCCGGACAGUAUCUGUUGUGUAGCAUUUCAGCAGGAAAAAUCGCACUCGUAGUCGUCGAUGGGGGGGAACUCAGCAUAAACAACAGAACCGGAGGAAAACGUGUACUGUGAUCAACCUACGAACUAUCUCGACGUGCUAAGAUUUCCAAAAAAAAAAAGGGGGGGAGACAAGCUUGGAUCUUUGGAACUUCGCGGCACGAGACAGUAUUGAGGAAACAAAGAAGAAAUAAUCAGCCAGUAUCUCAUUUAAAAAUAUAUACAUAUAUAUGUAUUAAUCAUAGUUCCAUAUUUAUGCGUAUUAUGAGCUAAAGAAAAGUAGGUGGAACGGCUGAUGUGUUUUGGGAACUUGGUACUAAAGCAUCGAGUACCCCCGCCCUCCCUCCUCUAUUCCGAAAACUAAUAGAGGGGUAAACGUACAGACCGAGCUGCCGCACAGCUGGGAACAUUCUGGAUAUAGAUAUAGUGGAAUUGUUUUCACUGGGUAAUCAUGGAUUGCUAAACUUGAUUUACCUAUGGUUUACACCGGUUUAUGCGGGAUCCCAUCUUCGUGCUGCAUGUAACCCGCCACCGCUCUGCAUCGUGGAUUGCGAGCGUGUUGCACUGCAACCUGCAAAAGGGAAAGAACAGACAUAACUACAAACUCGGUUAACUGCACAACUUGGGAUCGCGCUGCCCUGGGAUACUGUCUUAAAUUUAGAGAUAGACCCUAUCAGCAUCACACGUUUAGUUUAAAUCUCUGUCGCUCUGUCUGCGUGGGUCUUUCAACUCCGAUCUCACAGGAGUAGCUACAUAUCCCAACACAUCGAACUGGAAUUUGGACUGUAUCUCGCGCUCAAGUUGAAUGCCUGAACGAAAUCGUCUAGGUUGAACACGUCUGGCCACUCGAAGGAAGUCUGAACAUUUGGGGAAACGUUGCAUACAUGGCGAUGGCGGUGUUGACGAGUUUUUGGAUAUUCCUGAUGGCUGUCUGCAUGCCAGGUGGAAGUGCGCAGACGGUGCAGAUGGACGCCAGCAAGUGGGGCUUCGUCGGGACCCAGGUGGAGCUGCGCUGCCUGUUCGUCAACAGCAACCCGCCAGUCAAGAUCUCCCAGGUCACCUGGCAGAAGUUCCUCAACGGCACCAAGCAGAACGUGGCCAUCGCCAACCCCACCAUGGGCGUGUCCGUGCUCCCGCCCUUCAAGGACCGUGUCAGCUUCAAGCAGCCGGCGGUCCGGCAGCGCACGCCCUCACUGGAGGACACCACCAUCAUGUUCUCCAACCUGCAGCUCUCCGACGAGGCCGCCUAUAUCUGCGAGUACACCACCUUUCCCGCCGGCAACCGCGAGAACAUGGUCAACCUCACCGUGUAUGCUCAGCCCACCACAGAGAUGACCCUGUCCACGCCCACCAUCGUGGCGCGGUCGUCGAACCGCAAGACCCCGGUGGCCACCUGCCUCUCGGCCAACGGCAAGCCCCCCAGCAUGAUCACAUGGGACACUCGGUUAAAGGGCGAGGCCAGCACCCAGGAGACUAUCAACGCCAACGGGACCAUCACAGUGCGCAGCAACUACCUGCUGGUGCCCAGCCGUGCCACGCACCAGCAGAAGCUCACCUGCAUCGUCACGUACCGCAACGAGAGGAUCAGCGCAGACAGCGUCAUCCUCAACGUCCUGUAUGAGCCGGAGGUGACAAUCGAAGGUUUCGAUGGGAACUGGUACCUGAACCGACAGGACGUCCAGCUCACCUGCAAGGCCGAUGCCAACCCGCCCGUCACUGUGUACCAGUGGAAGCUCCUGAAUGGUUCCAUGCCCAGCAACGUGGAGAUCCGCAACAACACCCUGUUCUUCAAAGGGCCGGUCACCAAUGACCUGGCAGGCACGUACGUGUGUGAUGCCACCAACAACAUCGGGACACGCUCAGGGCUGGUGGAGGUCAACGUGACAGAAUUCCCUAACAUCCCGCCACCUGGGGGCCGUGAGAUCCCGCAGGAGCAGCACAGUUCAGGCGCCGCUAUUGGGGGCGCAGUGGGGGGAGUCGUCCUGCUGGGGGUGGCUGGCGUGCUCCUCUUCGUCUUCUUGCGCCGCCGCCAGCGCACCUUCAAGGGGGACUACAGCACCAAGAAGCACGUGUUUGGGAACGGCUACAGCAAGGCGGGUGGGAUGCCAGCACACCCGCCCUUGCCCAAAAACCUGCAGUACCCAGAGGACUCUGAUGACGAGAAGAAACCUGCGCAAAUCGGGGGGCCCGGAGGGUUUGAGGGGAGCGAUCGGGAUUUUGAGGCCGACGCCGAGGACCUGAAGAGGCCCUAUUUCACGGUAGAUGAGGGCGAGAGCCGCGAAUACGAUGAACGGACUCUUGCUUUCCAGUACGACCCUGAACCCGAGAUUGCUGAUGACAUGGUCUCUCAGACCGAUGGCUCUGUCAUUUCAAAGAAAGAGUGGUAUGUUUAGAGGCAUGCAAAAAACCAAAUGACCCCCGCCUUCCCCUCCCCACAACCAACCAUCCCUUCACCCAACCCUGCACCUCAGUGUCAGCCCUCCCCCUUCAUCCCUGCAUUCUCACCCGUCCCUCGGUCCCAUGCCUGGAGCCUCCAGCCUAAUACCCCAGCCCUGCCCCCCCAUCACGCCAUCACCCCAUCAUUUAAAUAAACAACAUACAGAUCAUAGCAUUUAAGUUCAGAGAUCUUGCAACAUCAACUUGACAUUAUCAUAUUUCAAAAGCUCUUACAUGGUUCUCCUCCACAAUGGUUUAUUGACAAACUAACGCAAUUGACAUUUAAUGCCACAAGGCUGGU